GAGACAUUUUAAUGCGUUGUGUUCACUCAGUCACGAGCCAAACUCUACCAUGGCGUCUAAAAGACAACAGGGCGAAUGUAUGAAGUCAAACAAGAAGAAAAGGAAAGUAAAUAACUGUGAAGAAACAGCAGAACUUUGUCGAGUCGUUAGAGACGAGAACGUGAAGAGGGCGGUGAAGGAGGCAUGGAGCCUUAAGUCUCACUACACCCAUGGUGAUUUGGAAUUGGACUGCGAUCCUUUCCCUCACUGCGUCAUCAAAAACUUCAUCAGUAGUGAGAAUUUCCUGGAGAAUCUACAGACAGAACUGCUCAUGCUCAACUUUCAGGCAAAGUCCAAUGAUCUCUACAAGUUUAAACAGUCAGAUGACUUGAGAAAGCAAACCAAACCACACAUAGCAGGCCUGAGAUCAGCGCUGUUUAGUCAGUUCCGGCUAUGGCUUGAAGAGGUUUUAGAUGUGAAACUGGAGCCCACUGUGGAUAUUUCUUGUGCCAAAUAUGAAUACACAGAUAUUCUUUUGUGUCACGAUGAUGAACUGGAGGGGAGGCGUGUUGCGUUCAUUCUUUAUCUUGUCCCUUCGUGGCUGAGCAGUGAUGGGGGUUCCCUCGAUCUUUACACAACAGAUGGGCAUUUCCAACCACAAAGUGUUGUCAAGUCUCUGGUGCCUUCUUGGAAUACACUUGUACUUUUCGAAGUGUCUCCAGUCUCCUUUCACCAAGUCUCCGAGGUGUUGUCACAGGACAAGUGUCGUCUGUCUUUAAGCGGAUGGUUUCACGGACCGUCUCUGGAGCGUCAUCCUCGCCACAUCGAGCCUCUCAUGUCACGGAACGAACACUUACCCAGAGACGAGACGUUGCUGCUGGAGUGGAUCAAUCCACUCUACCUGGAUAUUUCCUACCAGGAACAGAUUCAGGAAGAGUUUGAAGAAAGCUCGGAAAUUCAGCUGAAAGAUUUUCUCAGGGAGGAGAAAUUCAGCCAAGUGUGUGAAGCCUUACAGUUGGCUCAGAUCCAGUGGGCGCAGAAAGGUCCGGCCAAUAAGAGAUGCUAUGAAUCAGCCCGUCUGGACACUCUACCCGAGUGUGUGAGUGCUUGUUGGGAGCUGCUUCAUUCAGAAGCAUUCUUCCUGCUUCUGUCCAACUUCACGGGCCUCCGUUUGCACUACCUCUGUCCCGCUGAUGAUGACGAUGGUGAUGAUGGUGGUGAAAAUAAAGACAAAGAGAAGAAGGAAAGUUGUGAAAAGGACGACAAAGCAACGGGGUCCUCAAAUGAAACAAGCAUAGAGUCAGAGCCGAGUACACCCACAUGUUGUGGUGAACUGCGACGAUGGUCCCACAGCAGCUACACUUUACUGCACGAUGGAGAGGCAGCACGAGCGGAAUACGCACUCGACCUCAUUUUACCUUUCAGCUGCGCUGGCUGGCAGUCCGAGUUUGGAGGCUUCAGUUGUUACGUUGCGAAUGAAGAGGAUGAGGAGCUGCUGACCAUCUAUCCCGAAGAUAAUUCCCUCGCUCUGGUCUACAGAGACAAGGAAACCCUCAAAUUUGUCAAGCAUGUCAACCACAGAAGCAAGAGCAAUUCUUCUACUGGCGUAUUCUAUGACUUCUCUUUUGUGUAUUAUGAAUAAAGUUUUACAUACAGUUCUCUUA